CGUAGAUCUACAACAAUCUCUUCCAAGAACCAACAGUUUCGUAGACUCCAUGGCUGACGAGCUGGCUGGAGAAUACCUGUCAGUCAUAAGUUCGGGAUUGCGCGGUUUACUGCAAUUGGAGAGUGGAAAUCCUGCUGGAGGCAGCUCGUCGGAUGAGGAGGAAGGCAAAGCACGAGGACGUGAUCAGCAGAUGAAAACCGCAUCGAAGGCUUCUGAACCUCCUAGAGCUUCUUCCAAAGGAGAACGCGAAGAUGUUGCUGAAUCUAUGACUCCAACUCAUGAUCUGACAACUGUACUUAUUCAGAAAGAAGAGGACAACAACAUGGACGAAAACGAAUCAGAAAAGUUGUCUACAGCAGGUAGAGCACCUCCCAGUGUUCUUGGUUCAUCAAUAUCACAGAGUAACUACUUCUUGAAUAACAGUGCAGAUUCCAAGAAUUUGCAUCUCUAUAGUGCCAGCGACGCACCUGCUGAAAGGAGAAGGCGCAUUCGCUUAGCAGAACAAAUGCCGAGGCAAAGGGAGCAGUCUAUCACAGGUUUGGGAGACGGAGGCUACAUCCGCGUGGGCGCGCAGUGGGCUAAUAGCUUACGAAGUCCGAGUCCUCCUCAAGACCGGUCUUCCUUCUCAGAUAGAAGUCGGAGUGCAAGCCGUAGUCGUUCGCCUGCUAGGGCAGGUCGUGGAAUCAAGACUAGAAGUGGAAAAACAGGACUCCGAUCAGGACCACGACCACCAGCACCGUACUUCUACAGUGAUGAAGUCGCGACUACAUUAUACCCCGAUUAUAAGGGCACAGUUGAGGUUCAAAACCGUGU